AUGGGUGGAAUUGGCAAGACCACGCUUGCUCAGCUGGUAUACAAGGACCCGAGGGUGAAGGAGCAUUUUGACCUGAAGGCAUGGGUAUCUGUUUCGGAUGAGUUUGACGUAUUCAGGGUAACUAAAACAGUUCUAGAGGGAGUAGAUUCGUCUACAAGUGUUGAAAGUAAGAAUCUAAAUUUGCUUCAAGUUACACUACAAGAUAAAUUGAUGGGAAAAAAAUUCUUACUUGUUUUCGAUGAUGUAUGGAAUGAGAAUUAUGUUGAUUGGGAGAUCUUAAGUAAUCCACUUAAAUCUGGGGCACAAGGAAGUACAAUCAUUGUAACGACAUGCAAUGACGGUGUUGCAUCAAUCAUGCGCGCCGUUUCAACUCAUCGCCUAAAGACGUUAUUGGAAGAACAUUGUUGGUCACUAUUUGCAAAACAUGCAUUCCAUGAUGGCAACCCUGAUGCACGAAGAUAG